AGCCGGUGAAGGGGACCCUGUGCAUCACGAGCCAUCAUCUGCUCUUCGCGUCCAGAGCUGCAGACAAAGAGGAGCUUUGGCUAUUGAUCAGGAAUAUAGAUGCCAUCGAAAAGAGAAGCUAACUUUUUGCCAGAUCUCUCGUCAAUGCGGCUUUGCACCAAAGUACGAGAAGAGUGGGACCAGAGUGAAUCUUGCCCUCAGGGUUUAUGGAAAUAUGGCAAAGUGUGCAGAACCUAAGUGGAUACCAAAGCACCAAAUUUGUAAAUCAGGAGAGCGGGGACAGAUUUGCAGGGUCUUCAGGGAUAAUAACUAUUAAGUGUAAAGACUUGAGUGUUAUGUACCUGGAGAUACCAGGAAUGGAAGAAUGCUUGAACAUUGCAAAGUCCAUUGAGGCUCUGUCAUCUCUGGAACCUACAAGUCACAUGUACCCCUUCUUCUAUCGACCAAAACAACUGAACCUUCAGGAAGGCUGGGACUCGUUCACUCCUGAAGAGCAGUUUACUAAGCUGUCUAUACAUACCGAUAAUUGGAGGCUUAGUUACGUGAAUAAAGACUUUGCAGUGUGCCCAACCUACCCUGAUGCUGUAAUUGUUCACAAGUCUAUCAGUGAUGCAGCACUAAAGACUGUGGCCAACUUUCGACAAGGUGGGCGCUUUCCGGUGUUCAGUUACUACCACAGAAAGUCUGGAAUGGUAAUAAUGCGGAGCAGUCAACCACUGACUGGGGCCAAUGGAAAGAGAUGUAAAGAGGACGAACAUUUCCUGGCUGCUGUGCUUCAGCCUGAUAAGCAGGGUUACAUCAUUGAUACAAGGUCAACACAAGCCGCACAUCAGGCUAAGGUGAAGGGUGGCGGCUUCGAAUCUAAAACUAACUACCACAAGUGGAAACGACUGCACAGAUCCAUAGAGAGAGGCAGAGUCCUUCAGGAAAGCCUGAUUAAAUUGGUUGAAGCGUGCAAUGACCAGUCCAAUAGCAUUGACAGAUGGCUCAAUAAACUGGAGGCUUCAAAGUGGCUGAGCCAUGUUAAAACUGUACUGACGACAGCUUGUCUGGCUGCUCAGUGUGUCGAAAGGGAAGGAGCAUCUGUCCUGAUCCACGGCUCUGAGGGGAGAGACAUAACACUACAGCUCACAUCUCUGGCACAAAUCAUCUUAGAUCCAGACUGCAGGACCAUUAGUGGUUUUCAAGCACUUAUCGAACGGGAAUGGUUACAGGCAGGUCAUCCUUUCCAACUUCGAUGUGCAAGUUCGGCUUAUUGUCAUGCCAAGCUGAAGCAAGAGGCACCCGUCUUCCUUAUCUUCCUUGACUGCUGCUGGCAGAUGAGCUAUCAAUUCCCCUGCUCAUUCCAGUUUAAUGAGCACUUCCUCAUCACUCUGUUUGAACAUGCAUACGCCUCCUGUUUUGGGACUUUCCUGUGUAAUAAUGAAAAGGAAAGGUUUAAUCUGAAUGUGAAGGAACAGACAAUUUCCAUUUGGGCAAGGCUGAACAGACCUUGUGAGCGAAAACUAUACGUUAAUCCUCUGUACGAAAGGAACAACCUCACCAUAUGGCCUUCAGUUGCUCCACAGAGUCUGCAACUUUGGCAAGGUUUGUUCCUAAGAUGGAAUCAAUCACCAGAGCAUCAAAACGAGGCUUGGGAGCAGAUUAAUCACAUCAUGGAACACAGCAGGAGAAAAGCAAAUCCAACAAGUACAGAACUGUCUGUUGUGAAGGAAGACCAUGCCAGAAAAUAGGAAACUUUCAGCAUUUGAUAUUCAGAGUCCAGUAUAGAUCGGAAUGAUUUUCAGGAUUUCCCAGCUUUACCCUUUCAAGGUCAUCACCAGCUGUAGGGCUAUAGAAAAAACAAAAAUAAAACUUGGUCUGUGCACCCACAGAGGUGGACAUAGGAAACCAUUGAUGACAGAGUUGAGGGAGAGUUGGGGGAAAGCAAUUUCCAUCCUGAUAAAUACAACUGUAGCUGAAUAAAAGUUUUAAAGUACUGUUUUUACUUGAUUAUUUGCUUUGUUGAUAUGAAAACUAUAAUGAAUCAGCUGUGAACUCGUAACAGUUAAUAAGAUACAGAUCACUCGCUCCUUAACUACUGAUUAUUUAGCCAGCUGACCCAUGUUUGUACACAUGUUUAUUUCCACUCUGAAGUAGAAACAUUGUUAGGGCCAACAAUACAAGUUCUUAAUGGGACAGCCAAGUUCUCUGCAGAGUCUCUCCACUGCUGGAACUCGAUCAGCCUACACUAUUCUCCUGGAUGCUUUUUUCUAAAUAUAGAUAUAGGAUUGUUUCAGGUGUAAUUGAGCAUCUUUUGUAAUUUUGAAAGACUUUCUCUCCUGAAGAUAUUCUGGGACAGACUUUGAUUUUGAGCUGACAAUUUCACUUGCAUUCAUACCAUUAUCAGCAAACUUGCUUUGGUUUAUGCAGAGAAGCUCGAUAAGCGAUCUGCAUUCAGAUUAAAAAAUAAUAUUUCAAUGGACACCUAUCAAAAUGAUGUGGGCAUCUACUUUCCUCUAUAGGAAGGAUAAGGGUCAAGAGUGAAAAGCUGUAAGGUAGGAGAUGUGGGAGCUUUGACCCUCAAUAACUAUGGAUCUGUUUUUUAAGUAAGAGAACGGAUGCUAAUCUUAUUGCAGGUUUACUGUCUCAGUAAGUCACAAUUUCAUUGUGUUUAGUAAAUGUUGCAUUGUAAUUGAAGAUCAUUGAAGGAUCCAGCAUCUAGAAAAGCAGUGCAAUGCCAUCCAGUGUUGGUAAAGGAGAACUACAAUAAUAUUUGGCGUGGCUGGUUCAAUGGACAUGUGUCUAAAGCUUGCCCACCCAAUUCAUGCAAAACUUCACACAUUGAGAAGAGACUGAAUUAUGAAAAUGAACAGUUUAGCCAUAUGUGUUUUUAAUACUUGUUAUUGAGUGUUGGAGUGAAGGUUUCCUGAAUUCUUUAUAGGUCGUUUCACACAAUGUGAAAUCCAGUGGUAACAAGCAAAUGUUCAACAGAAUAAAUAGUAAAAUGGUAGCAUUACAUUCUUCCUUCACCUCUCCUUUAAAGUUAUUAUUAUAAUAUUAUUGAAUACCACUUCUCAAUUGCUCUGUGUUUUACAAUGUGAUGAAGAAAUUUUGUGUUCAUGGGAUUAAGACCGCUUUUAUUUCACUGAUCAAAAUGGGUUUGUUAAUUCUGCACAUUAAUAAAGUUUCAAAACAUUUAUAUUUGUAUAAAAUCAAAUUUUAAAUAAAGUUUAUUAGUACAAGGGU